AUGCUCUUCUCCACUAUCCUCCCUAUCCUCGCCAUUCUGAGUCCAGCUCUCGCUCGCCCAGCACGAGGACCGCCUCGCCACGCACGCCGAGAAGUGACGACCACCUCGACGGCUCAGGUACUAGCUUCGGCCGGACAGCCAUACACCACCAUCUGGCGCGACAUCACAGUGACCAUCGAGCCAACCACCACCACUACCGCAGCCGCUGCCGGAUCGACUCCCCCACCUUCAGGUGGUGCUCCAGCUGGCGAGGCGACUACACUACUCGAUCUCCAUAAUACAUUUAGAGCCAAAUAUGGAGCGAACGCGUUGAGAUGGAGCUCCGAGCUCGCUACAUUCGCAGCCAACUAUGCCGGCGGGUGCGACUUUGCGCACUCCAGUGGACCGUACGGCGAGAACCUGGCUGCAGGUUACGGCGAAGGCUACACCUCCACCUCAGCAUUCAACCGAUGGGCCGAUGAAGCCUCCAAAUACGACUACAACUCGCCAGGCUAUACCAGCGCCGCCAGUCACUUUACCCAGCUCGUUUGGGAAGAGACGACCGAGGUGGGAUGCGCUGUGGCGCAGUGCGGCGAGGGGACGAUCUUCGCGGAUACGGCGGGUCAGCCCACCAGCUACGUUGCGAGUACAGGAAGCCCGGGAAUGUAG